AUGGAUCCCGCCGCCCCCUCCCCGAGCGGCGACCGCCCAGCGACAGGUGCGGCGGGGGAGGCGGAGAGGCGGCAGCGGCAGCGCGUGAAGCGGGAGGUGUGCGACGAGGUGAUCCGCAAGCUGCGCGAGGCGCGUCACCCGAGCGCGCAGUCCAGCGGCUUCGACGCCGACCUCCUCGCGCACUUCGACCGCCUCCCCACCAGGUACGCGUUGGACGUGAACACGGAGCGCGCGGAGGACGUGCUGACGCACAAGCGGCUGCUGGAGGAGGCGGCGCGGCUGCAUGGGCUGCCCGUCUUCUUCGUCCGCGCCGUCCGGAUGGCGGCAGCGGGGGAGGCGGGGCAGCACGCGAGCAUGGAGACGGACGACCACCAUCCCGCCCUGCCGCCCCACGGCACCCUAGCGCCGCCAGCGUUUGGGUCGUCGCCGAACCUGGAGGAGCCGGUGGCGGGCGGCGGGCACGGCGGUGCGGGCGCCAUGGGCGACCACCGCCACGCCGACCUCAGUGCGCCGUACUACAACGUGCCCAUGCACGAAGUCACCUUCUCCACCUUCGACCGCCCCAAGCUGCUCAGCCAGCUGUCAGCGGUGUUAGCAGACGCGGGGCUGAACAUAAGGGAGGCGCAUGUGUUCUCCACGUCCGACGGGCUCUCCCUCGACGUCUUCGUCGUCGACGGCUGGCCCACCGAGGACGUGGUGGAUCUGCAUGCAGCCUUGGUGCGAGUGCUGCAGAUGGGCGCGGGCGCAGCGCUCUCCAUGCAGCCAGAGGCGUCCGGCCAGUCAAUGCAGUCAAUGCAGUCAGGGCCGGGCCCCGCGGGGUCGGAGUCAGCAGGCAUGGGGGGGGCGGGGGCAGGGGGGCAGGGGGCGGGGUCUAUGGUGUCGGGGGCGGAGUCACGGGUGCCCAUCCCCACGGACGGGCGGGACGACUGGGAGAUCGACAGCCAGCAGCUCAAGCUGCACCACAAGAUCGCCUCCGGCUCCUUUGGUGACCUGUACCGGGGCACGUACUGCGGGCAAGACGUGGCGAUCAAGAUCUUAAAGCCCGAGCGGCUUAACGACUCGCUGCAGCAGGAGUUCGCCCAGGAGGUGUACAUCAUGAGGAAGGUUCGCCAUAAGAAUGUGGUGCAAUUCAUUGGAGCCUGCACCAAGCCGCCUAAUCUCUCUAUAGUCACAGAGUUCAUGGUGGGAGGCAGUGUGUACGACUACAUUCACAAGCAGCGCGGCAGCAUGCGGCUGCCCAUGGUGGUGCGCGUGGCCAUGGACGUGGCCAAGGGGAUGGACUUUCUGCACAAGAACAACAUCAUCCACCGCGACCUCAAGGCCGCCAACCUCCUCAUGGACGAAAACGAGGUGGUGAAGGUGGCGGACUUCGGGGUGGCGCGGGUGAAGGCGGGCAGCGGCAUCAUGACGGCCGAGACCGGCACGUACCGCUGGAUGGCGCCCGAGGUGAUAGAGCACCGCGCGUACGACCACAAGGCGGACGUCUUCAGCUUUGGCAUCACGCUGUGGGAGCUACUCACCGGCAAGCUGCCAUAUGCGGAUCUCACACCUCUGCAAGCAGCUGUCAGUGUGGUGCAAAAGGGGCUGCGGCCGCCCAUCCCCAAGGGAACACAUCCGCGGGUGGCGGAGCUGAUGGUGCGGUGCUGGCACACCAACCCCGCUGAGCGCCCCGAGUUCAGUGCCGUGCUGCGCCUGCUGGCUGACAUGGCUCAUGAGUCGCAGGUGGAGGAGGAGGGCGAGGGCGAGCAGAGGCGCAGGGAGAGGCGAGGAGGCUUCUUCGCCUCGCUCAAGCGCACAGGGGGCAAAUUACCCUCUCGCCGCCUUCCUAUCCCGCCUCACUCGUCCUCCCGACUCACUCGUCCUCGCGCCGUCCGUCCCGACGCCGUCCCGUCGCCCGAAUUGUCGCCUCCAUCGACGUCGCCCUCGCUAUCUUCCGUCGCGGCCCUCCCCUCAGUUCGCGUCGCCACGCUAUCUCUCCCCUCCCCUCCCAUCGCCUUUCCUCUCCCGUCGCCUUUCCUCUCCCGUUGCCCUUCCACCGUCGCUUUCCUCUCCCUUCGCCUUUCCUCUCCCGUUGCCCUUCCUCUCCCGUCGCUUUCCUCUCCUGCCGCCCUUCCUUCUCUCCCGCCGCCCUUCCUUCUCUCCCGUUGCCCUUCCUCUCCCGUCGCUUUCCUCUCCCGCCGCCCUUCUUUCUCUCCCGCCGCCCUUCCUUCUCUUCCGUCGCCCUUCUCUCCCGUUGCCCUUCCUCUCUCCCGUCGCCCUUUCUUUCUCCCGUCUCCUAUCCUCUCUCCCGUCACCCGUCUUCUCUCCCGUCGCCCCUCCCCUCCCGUCUUCCUCUCUUCCGUCGCCCUUCAUCUCUCCCGUCCCAUCAUCCACCUCGGCGUCUUCGCGCUCGCCCCGAAAUGCCUGCCCGUCGCCCCGUGA